AUGAGCCCCCCGUUUUCACCAGAAAACGCGCGGAAGGACGAUGUGCGGAAGCGGAAUAGCCUGCCUGGUGAAGGGGAUAAGGGCGGGAAAGGCGCGGAGAAGGGCAAAGGAGGCGAGGAGGAGAAGGGCAGGGGGGAGGACGAGCGGAAGAAAGCUGACUGCGUGGGGAAGGAUGUCGAAGGAGGGGUGGGGAAGGGAGGGGAGGGGGAGGUGGAGGGGGAUGAGAAAGUGAAGGAGAGGGAGAUGGAGGCUCGGAGGGCCAAGGAGGACGCGGAGAGGGCUGAAAGGAAAAGGUUACGAGAAGAAGCAAUGGAGAAGCUUAUAGCAGAGGAGACUACAAGGAGGCUUGAGGAGGCGAUUCGGGAGCGUGUGGAGCGAGAACUUACCUCAGAGGAGAUCAAGAGGGAAAUGGCGGCUUUAAUUGAAGAAGGCCGGAGGAAGCUUCCUGGGGAGGUGUCGAGAGUUUUAGAGGAGGAGAAGGAGGCUGCUGAGGAGGAGAAGAGGAGGAAAGAGGAGGAGAAGCGGAAGGAGGAAGAGCAGCAGCAGGAGCUGUUGCAGCAGAAGCAGAGAGAAGCAGAGGAGGCGGAGCGGCAAAGGUUAGAGGAGCAAGCGAGGGAGCAGGAGAGGCGGUAUCGGGAACUGGAGGAGAAGCAGAGGCAGAGGGAUGAAGCCAAGAGGAAGAAGAAGGAAGAGGAGGAGAAGACAAAGAAGGAACAGAUGAAGAUUUUGGGGAAGAAAAACGCCCGGCCGAAGCUAGCGUUUAGCCUCGGUGGUGGGAAAUGA